AUGCAAAAGUUAAAUGAAUAUCAAGAAUACCAUUUACCUGAACAGUUUGAUGAAGAUUAAGUAAGGGGUAGAUUUCUAAUGCCAUCAUUUCUACCUUAUAGUUUAUCAAAACAAGAUGUUAAACUUGAGGAGAGAUCUUUGGUUUAGAUUGAUUCUUAAGCUUCAUUAAAAGAUGAUGCUUUAGGAUUAUAGAACAUUAAAGGUCAUGUUAAGAACACUUAUAUCAAAAAGAUACAUUCUCUACUUAGUGUAGAAGGUGAAAAUGAAAAGAUUAUAAAAAAAGUAUAAAAGGAGCCAAGUUCAUCCAGUAAAUAGCUAGAGAAUGAAGAUUAAAAGAUGAUAAGAAAUAGGGAAAGUGCAAGGAAUUCAAGAUAACGAAAAAAGUUAUAUAUAAACCUUUUAGAAAAGAAGGUUGAAGACUUAAAUUAAGCAAUCGAACAAUUAAGGAAAUCAACAGAAUCAACUUUUUAGAGUAUCCACUCUGUCUUAGAACAAAAUUCAAGCAUAUAUGAUUUAGUUGUUGAACAAACUUAAUUGUUUGAAUAGCUCAAGUUAAAAGAAUAAGAAUUUAAUGAAUUGUAAUAAUUGCUUACAGAAUCAUAUAAAUAUAAGUUCAAUGCCACAGGUACUAAAAGAAAGUAAUAUUUACGAUAUUGCUUUUAAAAUAUUGCAAGACUACUUUUAGAUGGAAAUUAUGGCACUUUGUUAUUUGGACAACAAAGCUACUUCUCAAAAACAUGUAGUAUUUUAUAUAAAUCUUAGAUACUAUGCAUGAUGAAGAAGAAUUAACUGAUUAUAUGAAAAAUCUUAGAGAUUCUACAGGGAUUUGUGAUGAUAAAGUAUUUUUAAAUUUAUAUGCCAUUGUAAGGAGAGUCAUAGAUCAUAAGAAAAACUUCUCUUAGUAUUUAUUUUCAAUUAUCUUAGUCUCAUUAAAUAACUAAAACUAAAAUAAAAAGAGCUUAGAAUUUGUUAAUAAUAAAUAGAUGAUUAAAUUGAUGAUAUUUAAUUGAAUGGGAUCUAAUUUGCUAAUCUUAUUCAUUAAGUAAAUAAAGAUCAACAAAAUUAAACCCAACAUAUUCAACCAAUUGAAAUACAACCUUAAAAAUAAAUGAUAUUGAAAAUGGUACCCAAAUAUCCUUUUGAACUCAUGAAUAAUCCAUUUUUGCUUCCUAAUAGUCUAAUGAUUGAUCCACUAUAAAUGGAUCUUAUUACAAAGAAUUUAAGAUAGCCUUGA